AUGAUAUUCGAGAUUCUGGGAAUAGUUCUUGUCAUCAUCAUCAUCAUCAUCGUAGCACAGUGGUUCAAGAGAAGUUUAAAACUCCGAAACAUCGAAGGAAGAUAUGUGUUCAUCACAGGAUGUGACUCAGGAUUCGGAAAGUUACUAGCUAGCAGGUUAGAUAGCCUCGGAGUAAAUGUCUUUGCUGGAUGUUAUACAAAAAAUGCUCUUGAGGAUUACCAGAAGAAAAGAAACUCUAUAAAGGCGGUUGCUCUAGACCUCACCGACAGGAAAAGCAUUGAAAAUGCGUACCAGUUUGUGAGAUCAAACCUGCCUGAAAGUACAGGGCUAUGGGCACUAGUAAACAACGCAGGAACCCUGGGACAUUUUGGACAUGUCACAUGGCUAUCUGAGGAAGAUUUUCAGCGCCCCCUGGCAGUAAAUCUGUUUGGGAUGGUUUGGAUGGUUCAAACGUUCUUGCCUCUAAUAUUAAAAUCUGAAGGAAGAAUUGUCAACAUGACCAGUGGGGCCGGUAAGAUAGCCGGUUUGAACAUGGGGGCAUACAGCAUUUCGAAAUUCGGAGCGGAAGCUUUUUCUGAUACGCUCAGGAGAGAACUGUAUAAGACCGGUGUGUCUGUGCAUACGAUAGAACCCGGUACCUUUAGCACUGGUCUCGUAGACAUACCAGCUAUAACAACAGCUAUUUACAAAAAUUUCGAGAAGCUCGACGUUGAUAUGAAGGAAUACUACGGCGCUGGAUACGUUGAAAAAAUUACCACAACAUUCAAAAACCUUCUUGAUGGAGCAACGUCAUCAAAACUACAUAAAGUUAUCGACGUUUAUGAACACGCUAUAACAUCGCGUUAUCCACAAAUACGAUACGUGGUUGGAGUCGAUUGCAACAUCAUGAUGUUUCUCAACUCCUAUUUCCCUGAGCGUUUGCUGGACAUGAUUAUUUGUGCUUACCUACCAACACCAAAAGCCAAAAUCUAA